CCAGGAGCUGGGAGAGGGUGACCGGCGGCGGGGAAGCGGCCUGGGUUGGCCCUCAGAUUGAGGGGUCGUGGGGGCCUCUCGCUGGGCAUCCCCCACCCCGGUUCGACUACCAGGCCUUACCCAGGCCAGAGCCAUGGCCGCAGAGAACAGCAAGCAGUUUUGGAAGAGGAGCGCCAAGCUGCCGGGGAGUAUCCAGCCUGUGUAUGGAGCACAACACCCUCCUUUGGAUCCUCGACUCAGCAGAAAUUUCAUUAAAGAACGGUCGAAAGUGAACACAGUCCCUCUGAAGAAUAAGAAGGCCUCCAGUUUUCACGAGUUUGCCCGGAACACCAGUGACGCUUGGGACAUUGGCGAUGAUGAGGAAGAGGACUUUUCCUCGCCUUCUUUGCAAACUCUGAACUCAAAAGUUGCUUUGGCCACUGCAGCCCAAGUCCUGGAAAACCACAGCAAGCUUCGAGUCAAGCCAGAGCGGUCCCAGUCAACGACAUCCGACGUCCCCGCCAGCUACAAGGUCAUCAAGUCCAGUAGCGACGCCCAGCUCUCCAGGAACUCCAGUGACACAUGCCUGAGGAACCCACUCCACAAACAGCAGUCACUCCCACUCCGACCCAUCAUCCCCCUCGUGGCCCGGAUCUCGGACCAGAAUGCUUCCGGAGCACCCCCCAUGACAGUCCGGGAGAAAACUCGCCUGGAAAAAUUCCGCCAGCUUCUCUCGAGCCACAACACUGACCUGGAUGAACUGAGGAAGUGCAGCUGGCCAGGGGUUCCCAGGGAGGUUCGGCCGGUGACCUGGAGGCUGCUGUCGGGCUACCUCCCAGCCAACACAGAGAGGCGGAAGCUGACCCUGCAGCGGAAGCGGGAGGAAUAUUUUGGCUUCAUCGAGCAGUAUUAUGACUCUCGAAAUGAGGAGCAUCACCAGGACACCUACAGACAGAUUCACAUUGACAUUCCGAGGACGAACCCUCUCAUUCCAUUGUUCCAGCAGCCCCUCGUGCAGGAGAUCUUUGAAAGAAUUCUGUUUAUUUGGGCCAUCCGACACCCUGCCAGUGGGUACGUCCAGGGAAUUAAUGACCUGGUCACUCCGUUCUUUGUCGUCUUCCUCUCAGAAUAUGUGGAAGAGGACGUGGAGAACUUCGACGUGACCAACUUGUCUCAGGACAUGCUGCGGAGCAUCGAGGCCGACAGCUUUUGGUGCAUGAGCAAGCUGCUGGACGGGAUCCAGGAUAACUACACCUUCGCACAGCCGGGGAUUCAGAAGAAGGUCAAGGCGCUGGAGGAGCUUGUCAGCCGGAUUGAUGAGCAGGUACACAGUCACUUCAGGAGGUACGAGGUGGAAUACCUACAGUUCGCCUUCCGGUGGAUGAACAACCUGCUCAUGCGGGAGCUCCCUCUGCGCUGCACCAUCCGCCUGUGGGACACCUACCAGUCCGAGCCUGAGGGCUUCUCCCACUUCCACCUCUACGUGUGCGCCGCCUUCCUGGUCAAGUGGAGGAAGGAGAUCCUGGAUGAGGAAGACUUCCAGGGACUCCUGAUGCUGCUGCAGAACCUGCCUACGAUCCACUGGGGCAAUGAGGAGAUCGGGCUGCUGCUGGCUGAGGCGUACAGACUCAAGUACAUGUUUGCUGACGCCCCCAAUCACUACCGCCGAUAGGUGCUGCCUCCCCGGGGACCCAGACGCCCGUCUCCGAUGCAGUCUGGUCACUGUGGCCACCGAGCUGGGGACCCCAUGGGAGCCACUCCUGCUGUACAAAGUUACCCGGCCGCCGUGCGGGCCUUCAUCUCGCCAUCCACCACCGUGUCCACGGCUGUGUCUCGGCCACUGUCAGUAUUCCACACCGUGUGCCCAGCCAGGCCCGGGAGAGGACAGAGAGGCGGUGCAGGGCUGUCCCCUACAGGAAGCUGGAUGGGGCGCAGGGUCCCGCUUACGUUGUCCCCCCAGGAACUGGUCUCUUACCUCCAGGCCUCCACUGAUACUGUUGCAUUUUUUUUCUUUUUAAAUAAGAAAAAUCUACAAAAUUUCUUACAUGCCCCAGGCGUGGGAGUAUUAGUGUGACUUGGCUCUGUCUGAGCCCAGGUUGGAUAUGCCUUAUGUUUUUAGAAGCCCCCCAGCCCGCUGCCCUGGGCCGGAUCCCCGCUGUCAGGGCCGCUGCUGGGACGCUGCUGUGCUGGAGCAGAGGAGGCAUUGAGCUCCCGGCUCUGGGAAGGGCCUACACCCAAGGGCUAGGGGUUUCCUUUUGCUUUCCCCACCAGGUAUCCGUGUGCACGUGCGCCCAGUCUCAGUCAGACUGGCCUGGCCCGGCCCCCGUGUGACCAAGGGGACAAGGGUCCCUGGAGAAGGGUCAGGGCGGGAGGGAGAAGGGACUUUUCACCUCUUUCCAAGAUGACCCACUCCAAGAUACUAUGUGUAAAUUGUGUUACUAUGUAUAUGGGUAAAGUUGUACAAAUAUCCGUCCUCUUUGUAGCAGAUAUGAGUUUAUAUUUAUAACGUGUGAACACGGCCUAGGUCCCCGGUGCACACGCAGCUGCUGGGGUGGUUUCUGGGCGCCCUCCCGGCCUGAGUCCCCUGGAGGGAGGAUGGCUGGGCAGGCCCCAGUGUCAGGGUCCAGGUCGCAGUGAGUGUCACAGGGCCGUCCUCGGCCUCCCCCUCAGGCCAAGCCCUCACCUCCCGGAGUCCACGCUCAUCUGGCCAGAAGCUGUGGCUGAUUUGUCAGUCCCAAGGGCAGGGCUCCAGGUGUCCCUGUGGCUUGGGGCUCCUCUCAGUGACAUUAGUGUCCCCUGCUGUCACUGUCACUCCACGUGGCUCAGGAGGUGACCCCCAUCCGAAUUUUGGUGUUUGGUGGCGAUGUGGGGGCGGAGGCUCGCAGCGUCACCCUCUGGGAGCCCAGCGGUGCCCCAUGGGCGACACCCUGAGCCCUGCCCAUGCCCAGCAGGGCUCCCAUCCUCCCGUUCCUUCCCCUCCACAGAGUGCGGCCCGGCCCCGUCGGCCAGCCUGCUAAAGAUGGACACUUGUGGUCCCAAGUGGUGGUUUUAUUUUUUUAGUUUUUAUGUUUGUAUGGGAGUUGUGGAGACCGUGAGUGAACUGUAAAUAAAUAGUGCGUUUCUUCCUCCA